AUGUCCACAGUUAUAGAAAAUGUAAUAGAUGGAGAUAUGGUACGGCAGGCGAUCGAAUUCGAGGAAUACGAUUUGGAUGAACCGGAAAAGAGACCGACUGAAGUGGUUAUUGAUAUCCCGUUUAUUAGUUCAAUGUGCCUUGAGUAUUAUCUCAACCAAGAUUUCGUCGAAGUAAAGAGAAUCACAGACGGAAAAAGAGCGUUCCUUGCCGUUGGUGAUUCCAAUUUUGAUUUUCUUGUUCACAGAAAUUGA